AUGCUCAUCAAAACCAUCAUCGCCACCAGUCUUCUGGUAACCACCGGCGCCCACGCCGCAUCCCACUACGUCACCGUGAAGAUGUGGUCCCACUCAAACUGCACCGGCACCCCGCACGAGGAGACCCUGGUCUUCAACACCGGCGGCGGCCCCCAGGUCUUUCAACAGAGCUAUAUUUGGCAGAGCGGGACAAUUACUAGUGGGGUCUCCGCCUGCGGUGUCCACUUCUGUCAGUUCGGCGAGAGUUGCUUUGGUCAUCCGAUCGUCUACGUGGGAUGGUCCCCCAAUUGCUUCACGGGUGGUGAUUGGAUGGAUCUCGACAAGAUCAUGGUGGAUACUUGUUAG